CCUUUUCUCCGUCCGUCCUUCACCGUACGGUUUUCUAUAAUAUUUCCUUCUCCAUAUCUCUCUCCCUACUCUGCUUUCAUAAUUCUUCUUCAUCUCCACUGCUACUCUGAUUUUCAUGAAAAUAAAAUGAAGAAGAUGAAGAAGGCGAAGGAGAUUCACAUCUCAGAGCCUUUCGAUCUCCUCUCGGAGGAGCUGGUGUUCAUAAUCCUGGACCUCAUCUCCGAGAACCCUUCCGAUCUCAAGUCCUUCUCUCUUACCUGUAAAUGGUUCUACCAAGUAGAGGCCAAGCACCGCAAAUCCCUCAAACCCCUCCGGCCGGAGUAUCUCCCUCGACUCUUGUCCCGCUACCGGAAGACCGCCGAUCUCGAUCUUACCUCCUGCCCGCGCGUCACCGACUACGCGCUUAGCGUCCUUGCCUGUCUCUGCGGGCCUUGGCUCCGCUCCCUCGACCUUUCUCGCUCAGCCUCCUUCUCCGCCGCCGGGCUUCUCAGAUUGGCCGUCAAAUGUGUCAAUCUUGUGGAGAUUGACCUCUCCAACUCCACCGAUUUGAGUGACGCCGCUGCGGCUGUGCUCGCCGAGGCGACUUCUCUCCAGAGGCUGAAGCUUGGCAGAUGCAAGCUGCUCACCGACAUGGGGAUCGGAUGUAUCGCCGUUGGAUGCAGGAAGCUCCAAUUACUCUGCCUCAAAUGGUGUGUAGGCGUCGGAGAUUUAGGCGUUGCUUUGCUCGCCGUCAAAUGCAAGGACAUUCGGACCUUAGACCUCUCCUUCUUGCCGAUCACAGGCAAGUGUUUACAUGAUAUUCUGAGACUUCAACACCUUGAAGAACUUCUUCUAGAAGGGUGUUUCGGAGUGGAUGAUGACAGCCUUCGAUCACUCAGACAUGAUUGCAAGUCAUUGAAGAAGCUUGAUGCAUCGAGCUGCCAGAAUUUAAGUCAGAGAGGUUUAACCUCACUUUUAAGCGGGGCCGGAUGUCUUCAGCGACUUGAUCUAGCACAUUGUUCUUCUGUGAUAUCAUUGGAUUUUGCAAGUAGCUUAAAGAAGGUUUCAACAUUACAGUCAAUUAGGUUGGAUGGUUGUUCUGUAACUUGUGAUGGGUUGAAGGCGAUAGGCAAUUAUUGCAAUUCCCUGAAAGAGGUUAGCCUAAGCAAAUGCGUGAGCGUAACUGAUGAAGGUCUCUUAUCUCUGGUAAUGAAACUGAAAGACCUCAGAAAACUUGACAUCACGUGUUGCCGGAAACUAAGUGGAGUAGUUUCAAUCACCCAAAUCGCCAAUUCAUGCCCCUUGCUAGUAUCUUUGAAGAUGGAGUCAUGUUCACUUGUUUCAAGAGAAGCCUUUUGGUCGAUCGGACAGAAGUGUGGGCUACUUGAAGAGCUUGACUUAACCGACAACGAGAUUGAUGAUGAAGGACUAAAAUCAAUAUCUAGUUGUCAAAGUCUGUCCUCGUUGAAGCUGGGAAUCUGUCUUAAUAUAACAGACAAAGGGCUCUCGUACAUUGGUAACGGAUGCUCAAAUCUCCGUGAACUUGAUCUCUACAGGUCAGUGGGAAUAACAGACAUAGGAAUCUCGUCGAUCGCACAAGGCUGCAUUCAACUGGAAACAAUAAACAUAUCAUACUGCAAAGACAUAACGGACAAGUCACUGGUUUCACUGUCCAGAUGCUCGUUGGUACAAACAUUGGAGUGCCGGGGAUGUCCAAACAUCACGUCCCAAGGACUUGCGCCCAUUGCGGUUGGGUGCAAGAGACUGGCAAAGCUGGACGUGAAGAAGUGCCCAAACAUCAAUGAUUCCGGGUUGCUCGCUCUCGCUCACUUCUCACAGAGUCUCAAACAGAUAAGUGUGUCGGAGACGGGGGUGAGUGAAGUGGGAGUGGUGUGGCUAACCAAGAUAGGGAGUUUGCAGAACAUAGCGGUGGUGAAGACGAGCGGGUUAAGCCCGAGCGGAGUAGCAGCAGCUUUGUUGAGCUGCGGAGGAUUAAGGAAAGCGAAGCUGCACGCUUCCCUCAGAUCGUUGCUCCCUCCGUCUCUUAUCCAACACUUGGAAGCUCGUGGUUGCGCCUUCCUCUGGAAAGACAAUAAUACCCUUCAGACGGAGUUGGAUCCCAAGUACUGGAAGCUACAACUGGAAGAUAUUGGGCCUUGAAAGAAACAUUCUGACGAUAAAGAGGCUUCUCCUCUAUCGGGUGAAAGUUUU